AACAACAUGGAGAGGAGAAAAGCCGUGCACACCGUCGUCUCUCUGCUUCUGCUGAUUUGCUUCACAUUGUCGGGGUGCCAUGGCGCUACCCGUCCACAUGUCAUCUUUAUUGUGGCAGAUGAUUUAGGCUGGAAUGAUGUCAGCUGGCACAACCCUCAGAUGAUCACGCCAAAUCUCGAGCGUCUCGCGCGAAAUGGCGUGAUUCUUAACUCUUCCUACGUUCAACAAGUUUGUUCACCAUCUCGGAACUGUUUCAUGUCCGGGAAAUACCCUUAUCAUACAGGCCUUCAGAACGGCAUAAUCCGCCCGCUGUCACCGCGAGGCAUGCCUCUCUCUGUAACAGCGUUACCUCAGAAACUGAAAGAAGUCGGCUACAGCACCCACAUGGUGGGAAAAUGGCAUCUGGGAUUUUGUAACUGGAAAUACGUACCGACUUUCCGAGGGUUCGAUUCUUUCCUCGGUUACUAUCUGGGCGCGGAGGACUACUACAUUCACACCAGAGACGCUGGCUAUGACUUAAGGCUUGACGACAAAGUUUACACAUUUCCCAACGGAACAUACUCGACGUAUGUGUUUGGACAAAGAGCAGUGGACGUAAUCAACGGCCACGACCCUGCCACGCCAUUGUUUCUUUACCUGCCAUUCCAAGCCGUCCACGAACCAUUGCAGGUGCCCAAGAAAUACGAAGAUAUGUACGCACAUAUCCACAAUUACAAAAGACGAGUGUUCAGUGGAAUGGUUACUGCCAUGGAUGAGGCUGUGGGAAACAUCACCAGAGCUCUUGAGUCGACGGGCUUGAUGGAAAAUAGCGUUAUCAUUUUCACAACUGAUAACGGCGGCCCGAUUGUUGGAGGAGCAAACAACUUUCCGCUAAGAGGUGCUAAGGCGACUUUAUGGGAAGGUGGUACUAAGGGGUCAGCUUUUGUCUACAGCAAGAACUUGAUGAAUAAAACCCGCUAUACGAACACAGAAAUGAUCCAUGCUGUUGACUGGUUUCCUACAAUUCUACAUCUUGCUGGUGCAACACCGGACCCUACCACAGACGGAGUUAAUCAGUGGGCUACUGUGAGUGAAGGAGCGCCGUCGGCUCGUACUGAGUUUGUGUAUAACAUCAAUGACAUAGCAGAGAACGCAGCAAUAAGGGUUGGUAAAUACAAACUUAUCAAAGGGUCAGCAGGUAGGUAUAACGGAUGGUACCCUCCGCCUACUGUAGACAGCGAUCUGGAGGUGGACUCAUCCCUCUAUUAUCAACGGCGAAACGACACUUACAGAUUGUAUGACAUUGAAGCUGAUCCCACGGAACAUUUUGACUUAGCCAGCCAACUUCCGCAAAUAGUCUCCAUGAUGCGGGACAGGUUGGAGAAUUACCGGAAGAGCAUGGUUCCUGCAGGUGAUCUUCCAGAUGACCCGGCAGGUGACCCCAAAAACUUUGGCGGGGUGUGGAGUCCAGGAUGGUGCUGACGAGUGAUAUUAAGUUUAUAACAUUGUAAUAAAGUCGUUAAGACAUUGUAUAAAAUAAUUAAAACAUAUGAUUAGUUUUAGUUCACAACGUUGUAAAAACAAGUUUACCGAAUCUAUUUGACCUGUUGGAUACAGCAGUGUUGGCUUAUCACCUUGAACGGUCCACUCCUUGUCAACCCUUUCACACCAACACCCCCGUACCCAUUCCCCACUCCUGUUGCCAUUUUGUACUUAUCACUGUCUCUUGCCCGUGUACACAGAAGUCACAAACAUUGACAAUGGAUGCGGCGCGUAACUUAACUAGAGGCAAAUGUAAUCAUGUAUCAGUGACAUGCAGGGUAGCUGUCAAUGUCCCAAUGAAUAACAAUAUUAUUUCUAUUUUUACCAGUAGUCAAAUCAGGCUUUAUGUAUAAAUUCGAUGAGUUAAAGGCCUUGAGUAUGUGUCCUCCGCACUACCCUUUGCAGAUUGAAGACGAGGAAAUUUUUACCACCCAGGUGCUUGUUGGAUUUGUACAAUAGGCCUGUACAUAUUUACAUAUAUUUUCAGUUAUGAAUAUUUACCUCCAACUACAGCGAAUGCGAUCUUUCCCAUCUGCAUACAGAGCAUGCGCUGUCUGGUUGCUGUUUCCGUUUAGAAGGUUUCGUAAAUUAGUACAGGAAUUAGUGUCUGAUCGGACCUGGCUGCGAGCCUGAUUAAUUUGUUGUUUGUAUUGUAAAUGUUUUGUCGUUGUUAUGUAAACUUUAUUCCUUUCCUGGACGCUGUCUUCCUUAUUCAUACAAAAUAGAAAGUGCUUCAGUUACUUUUUGAAUGGGUGAGUUAGGGUUCUAUAAGUGAAACCAAUUAUCAUCAUAUUCACACCAUGGAACCGGCUAGCAAGGUGCUUUCUUAUUAACUGCAUCAAAGCUCAGGCAAGAUCUGACAGGACGCUGUCCCGCAAUCUUCACUUAAAAUUUUAUUUUCUUCCACGGCUUUGUUCUCACUAAAAACCCUGACCACCGUCAAGUAAAAAAAGUCUUACAGAAUAUUCAGUAAAAUAUACGAGUAUGAUAAAUGCAUGGAUUCAGUUAAAUGAGCUUGGCUUGGCGGAUAUCUAAUCGUGUUUGACGCAAUGUUCCUUUCUCAGAAACUCAAUCGGUCGGUCUUCAUUUAACCAGGUUUAUCCAUAAUUUAGCGACAUUUAUUCGAGAGGCGGUAUGGAACAUCUGUAUUUGGCUUCCCCGGAAAACUUUGAAGAAUUCUCCCAGACUUCACACUUGCUCAAGUAUGUGAAGAGAUUAACCAAAGAAAUACUUUCACUGGCCGAAAUGCUGUCUUGUUAAUAAUUGCUACAAAUUGUGUCCGUGAAACAUUAUAUCCUGUAUAGAAAUCUAUCUAAUGAUAUUUUCAUAAUGUCCGGUUAACUGCAACAGCUCGGAAAAUUUGCACAUCCCGUUGCUAGCUUAGACAGAUGCACAGUAUUUCGUGAUGUAACUUAAAUUUAGGAUGUAUCCCUGAAUUGAAUUGGUUUGUGAUUCGUGUAUUCCAAUGGAUUUUUUGUACAUAUUAUACUCGUUUGUAUAUGAACUUUAAAACUUCAUAUUUGUGGACAAUAUUUUGACAUUCCAAAUAAAUAUAUUCCAAUUUAUAAUUAUUGUAUUUUGUAUUCGAUUUUGUUUUACUUACAAAAACGUUGUGUGAUUUAUCUGAGAGAGUGUAUAUUAUAUACUGUUUCUUGAAGCAAAUUAUGUGUUGCUGAGUGAGUCAAGAUUAACGAUUUUGUCUUUUAGAUAAACACUUUAGGCUGUGGUUUUCGCGGCAUGGUCAAAGUUAAACAGUCUUUUCGGCCCCUUUCUUCUCAUGUUCUCCCCACUCCAAAACUUUUCUUAUUUACUGGUAUUUAUUUAUCUAUUCAUUUAAAUUAUCUAUUUAACUUCACUUUACCUUUGUUUAACUUUACGA